GUAAUAUUUUAAUUGGGAAACCCUGGUCGUUUUGUUGGAACGCAUUUUACCAUAUGGUAACUCUGGUCAAAUCUGCAAUUUCAUUGUUUUCUUGUAAAUUUUGCUUGUUUAUAUCUAAAUUACUUAAUAAUGGAGAGUGUAACGGUGGUGGAAGCUGGAAAUGUUGUGCCGUCUAAGGAAUCCGGUCCAUUUACCUCACAUUGUGUUAAUUUGGAAGCGGGACCAUCGCAAUUUACUGUGCGCGCCCUAAAAAUGCAAGGCAGCACCAUGCUGAUUGUAAAUCCAAAGGAAUCCGAGGUCUUUGAGGAGCUAGCAGUGGCUAUGCCCUCUCGUAAUCCAACCUGCAACGAGGCCGUAUCCUCCACGAUUUUGGGUGGACAUGGCCAGACCGAUUCCUCUGUACUGGCGGCAAAAUUAAGUAAACGCUAUCGCCGGCAAUUCUAUGUGAGCCUCAACCUCAAACUAGACCGAUUGGUGGGCCCGCUGUUUGAAAAGUCGCUAGUCACCUACAUGCACGACCAUCUGGAGCACUUUGCUUGAGGCACAUCGCUACUGCCACCGAUGACAUGGCGCCGCGUGGGGGUCACCAUCUAUUUCGGGGACCGGCGGCUACCCCACGGACACAGCUCCACGUACUCAACGCACUCCACCAAUAUACUAUCUGGGAUCUCCGAUUCCCGAUCUCCGCUCAGACGUCAUGCGUCGGCCGAGUGAGCGCGAACUUUAAAUGUGUAUCGCUGAAACGAUUUGUGUUCAAUAAAUUUAUUGCCCUAAGUAAGUUUA